ACCUAUAAAAUCCAAGGACGAUAUUUAGCGUAGAUUUUCUCACCCGCAUCUUCUUCCCCAAAUUUCCACCUUCUCUCUGGGCGCCCACUUUCCCUCACAUGGACAAUCACAGCAACAAGAAGCUUCAAUUCUGUCACCCAUGAAACCCUAAUCGGUUAAUUUCCUCGAUCCAACAGUUUCACCACGCCUGCUCAGAUCCCAUCUGGAAGAUUCAAAUGAGUACCUGUUGAUACUCCUCAAGAGUCGAAAUCCCCAAUUCUUCUUUCUUUCCCUUUUGCACUUAAAUUUCUGGGGGUUUGCUUCGAUUUUGGAAAUGGACGGAAACAAAGACGAGGCUGUGAAGUGCUUGAAAAUCGGGAAACAAGCGUUGGAAGGUGGCGAUCGAACGCGGGCCCUCAAGUUCAUCACCAAAGCUCGCCGUCUCGAUCCCACGCUGCCCGUCGACGAUCUCUUAUCGGCGAUAGAGAACGAAUCCAAUGGGCCCACCGAUCGACCGGCCCCAGACUCAAAUGGGCCCGCCAAAGGCACAUCAGCGUCGCCACCAUCAUCGAAGCCAUCCGAUCAGCCCUCGCUCCGCCACCGAGUUCCACCGGCAGGACCGUCUUCUUCUUCGGCAUCUUCGUCCGCCUCGACCGCAUUCACGGAAGAGCAAAUCGCGGUGGUGAGGCAGAUCAAGAAGAAGAAGGACUACUACGAGAUUCUGGGGCUGGAGAGGACUUGCACCGUCGAAGACGUGCGAAAAGCCUAUAGAAAACUCUCUUUGAAGGUCCACCCCGAUAAAAACAAGGCCCCGGGUGCUGAGGAAGCCUUCAAGGCCGUUUCCAAGGCCUUUCAGUGUCUCAGCAAUGAAGAGAAUAAGCGAAAGUACGACAUUUCCGGGUCCGACGAGCCCGUCUACGAGCGGCGUGCUGCCCAGCGUGGUGUUCCGCAAGGGUACAAUGGGUUCUAUGAUGAGUUUGACGCGGACGAGAUCUUUAGGAACUUCUUCUUUGGAGGAGGAAUGGCUCCGGCGACCACCCAGUUUCGCGGGUUUAGCUUCGGGCCUGGAAUGGGGCAUAGGCCCGCUGAUAACGGCUCUGGUGGUGGGUUCAAUGUGAGGAUGCUAAUUCAAUUGCUGCCCGUGCUGCUUAUUCUGCUUCUCAGCUUUUUUCCAUCUUCCGACCCAAUUUAUGCGCUUUCGCGUACUUAUCCAUAUGAGUACCGGUUUACUACGCAAAAGGGUGUCAAUUAUUAUGUUAAGUCGACCAAGUUUGAGCAGGAUUACCCGUCGGGUAGCGCGGAUCGUGUGACCCUUGAAGGGAGGGUUGAGAGGGAGUAUUUUAAUACACUGGCGCAGAAUUGUCGGCUUGAGAUCCAACGUCGCCAGUGGGGAUUUAUUCGUGAGACACCUCAUUGUGACAUGUUACAGCGGUUUGAGUCCGUGGCUUGACGAAUUGGAUCAAGAUUGGUUGUUCAUUGCCCACUGGUUUAGCAUUUCUUACUCAGAAGACUGGAAACAGCGCAAGAGAUGAAGGGUUAUAUAGUUGUGACAUCUCAGUUGCGCACCCUUUAGCUUGUAUAUCUAGUGCCAUGCGCCAUAAAUUUUGUAACAUUAUUGUCUUUUAAUUGUUGCUGCAGUUUACAUGAACAUAUCCAGCGAAUUUAAAAACCUAACCCAUUUUUAAGGUUAUAUCCUAUGUUGAGAAUAUUUUUCUUCAUUUUUAA